CUUUUCAUUAUAAAUUAUUUUGAUUGGUUCGUGUAACUUGCUGCAUUAUGACUAGCUCCCAAAUUCUAAAGUAGAUUAGCGAAAAUGAGGUAGAAUUCCAUAUUUCCACGCUUGAUUGAGUAAGCAUUACAAUAUCCUUCGAAUAACAGUGUUAUAAGAAAUAACAUCCUGACAUUUUCUUCUUCCUUCUGGUUUAGGAAUUUUAAUAUCUGAAAACAACAAUGGAAAGCCGUUCACUGAAAGCCAAAGCUAAUUAUUUCAGGGUAUGUCAUUUGUUGGUAGAUGAAACUACAAAUGCUUUGAGAAAUGCUUUGCAUGCGGUGCAUCCACCUUCCACCUUGGCGUCUGUACUGAAUGCAAACAAGAAGACCUUGCAGAGAAUACGAUACAGUGUAAUUAAAGCCUGGCAAUGGGAUCUACUCUUUCCAACAUCUGGUGCUCCAGAUUCAAACAACUUUGAUAUUACCCUGUUGACUGUCCUGCUCCGAAAUAUUUGUGGAUUGUCUGCACCAGCCACCGGAUGGAAUGUGAUGCCUCCAGUCAGCGAUAUUUCUAUAUCUGCAAAUAUUUUAAGAGUCCAAAUGUUUAAAAAUAAAGUCUAUGGUCAUAUUCCGACUGCUGGUUUGGACGACGUAACGUUUGAAACAUUGUGGAAUGAGAUUUCUGUUCUGUUAGUCAACAUGGGGAUUCCUGAAAAUGAUAUUGAUGAAUUAAAGCUAGCUCCUCUUAGCCCUGAAGAAGAAAGUUAUAUUGAAAGAUUGAAAGAGUGGAAACAACAAGACGAUGAUGUUAUGUCAAAAUUUAGUGAUUUUGAAAGUGAAGUGCACAACCUCGACGUAUACAAAGAUUCUUUCGUUCGUCAUAAAAUACCAAAUCUUGAUGAUCAUUGUCGUUUAGUGGAUUUCAGCCGGAAAAUCGACAAAACACCGUUUGAAAAAUCAAAUUAUAAGGGAGCAGAAGAGUUUAAGAAUCUAGAUAUAACACGACACAAGUUAAUUUUUGAUGGUCCUCUGACAUGGAGGUUGAAUGAAAGGAAACACAUCGAUCUACACGCGCUGUUAUUUAAAGAUCUCCUGGUAUUACUUCAAAAAGAAGAUGAUAAAUAUGUCUUGAAAUGCCAGAGCAUUAGUAUGAGAGGUUAUGAAGAUGAUAAAACAACACGCAGCCCUGUUUUGAAGCUCUCAACGGUACAUACGAGAAACUCUGCCAGAGAUGAAAAUGCUUUCUUUGUUGUUGGAACGUCCGACAUUGGACCUCAGAUUUACGAAUUGGUUGCCGAAACAAGUGUUGAACGAGAAGCGUGGCUCAAAUAUAUUACCGAAGCAAUAGAAUUUUGCCAAGAAAGACGUUAGUAUUUGUUCGCAUUUCGUCAAAUUAAAAUUAUCGUAGUGAACCUCUUUUAGGUGCUCAUUACCAGUGCCUUGCAAGAUAUUUUUAUUAGUAACAUUCGUUAGAUUAUAAUAAAAUGUUUUCAGAAAAUUCGACCUCUUA